AUGGUUCCCUUAAUUGUGUAUAUCUCAAUGGGGAAAACACACAAUGUUCUACAGAAGAAGACCAAAUCGAAGUCAAAGAAGGCUAGCAAAAGAGGAAAAGAAAGGAAAAAAGAAGAUGCGAAUUCUGAGGAAAAUGAAGAGGACCAAGAAAAUAAAGAAAAUAAUAUGACAUCCUCUGAUGACGGGGUUCACUCUAAAAGCAGUGCAUGGGGCAAGGAGCAUUCUGAUGAUGAUAAUGAUGAUGAUGAUACUGAUGAUGCUGAGAAGGAGAAUAAAAGUGACGAAGAGGAUUCUGAUUUUGAUUUUUCUACGAUCAGUGAGGAUGAGGAAUCAAGCUGGAUUAGCUCGGAUGAUGACGAAAUUUUGAAAUGCAGGGAUGGGGACAUUCAAGAUCAUAAAAAUCUCAAAGAUAAGAUCUAUGAAUGCGACACCUUUGCAGGCAUUGAUAUCAAAGAGGCAUACGAAGGAGAUCAAAUAAAAGAAGGACAAAGAGUUGUUUUAAGUUCCGAAUACGAACAAAGAAAUAGGGACGACAAGGGGAUUGGAUUUGUUGGUACUAUAAUCAAGGUUGAAGAAGACACUGUUCGUGUUCUUUGGGACUCUGAGAAAAUUCAUAAAACCUACAAUACUUCUGGUGAUCUUCUUCUUCUAGAUAAUGCGCAAACAGGGGCAAUACACAACGGCUACAAAUGCAGCGAAUGUAAAGAGAAUCCAAUACGUGGUAUGAAAUGGAGCUGUUGCCUUUGUAAGGAUAUUCAUUUGUGCACGCAGUGCUACAUGCGUGGUGAACAUAUUCUUUGUCACGAAUUUGAGAGAAAACUUUACCAAAAAUCAAGAAGAAAAUUUUUAAGCUGUGAAGCUAUCAUUCUAAAAUGA